AUGGACGAUCGGCGACGUGAACCUAGGGUUUAUGGUAGGGACGGGUUCGAUGAGGUUGAUAGUGGUGAUGACCACGAUGGCAGGCUUGGGGAUUUUCGCGAUGGCCGUUUCGAACACCAGCGACGCGCGAUUUCACGCGAGGGUACUGAUUCAGAGGUCGAGGAUGAAGGGAUGCACCGUCGUGGAUGGGGCGGUCGUGAGGGAGACUAUCAGCGGCGGCCAGCUUUUGGGGAAUUUGACGGGGUUGAUCGAUUUGGACAUCACCGGCGUGACGGCAGGCGUCCGAUAGAAGGGGGCGAUGAGUCACGUUGGGAGCAGGGGUUUCGAAUCGAUAUACCGGAGUUUACUGGAGGGGUUGAUAGGUUGGAGUUUGUUGAAUGUUUAUACUUUGCAACAGAAGACAACCGGGAUGAUGCGAAUCGGGCUCCCGAGCAGCCGCACGAACAGGCGCGCAGUCGUCGCACCUUCGCGGAGGCGCCAGCUUCACUCCGCAAAGAGCCUCGCGACCCAAAACGCGCACGCAACUUUCCGUUACCACAAGUCGAAUCAUCCACGAUCUUCAACAGCAUCACGCCAAUAAUGGACAUCAGGCAGUCAAUCGCCGCCCAAACCGACUUCUCCUCGUGGCUCACGAAGCAAAUCAUCUCCACCCACGUCAAGGACAACAACUUCGUAUUCUCGCCCCUCUCAAUUCACGUCAUGCUGGCCAUGGUAGCGGUCGGGUCGGGCCGCCCUGCACGCGACCAGCUCCUGCGCUACCUCAAGUUCGAUUCGAUCGAGGAGCUCAAUUCCCUAUCGUCCCAGGUGGCCACCUGGGUGCUAGCCGAUGGCGGGCCGUUCGGUGGCCCUCUUCUGUCCAUCGCCAACGGGGUUUGGGUCGAACGCAGCCUUGCCCUGAAGCCGUCUUUCAAAGAUACCAUCGAGAAUGCUUAUCGGAGCGCAGUAGAUCAUGUGGAUUUUCGCAAUCAGUCUGAUGCGGUAAGAGAAGCAGUGAAUUCUUGGGCCGAGGAGAAAACGAAUGGUGUGAUAAAAAAUUUGCUCUCACGCGGCUCAGUCGAUAGUAUGACUAUGCUCAUCCUUGCAAAUGCACUCUACUUUAAAGGAUUCUGGGCUUCAAAAUUCGACCCGUCUCUAACCCAAGUCCACGACUUCUUCCUCUUGAACGGAAGAUCGGUCCGUGUCCCCUUCAUGACCAGCUCCAAGAACCAACUCGCGCUCGCCUUUGACGAUUUUAAGGUCCUAAAGCUACCGUACCAAACGGGCCAGGACACGCGGGCAUUCUCCAUGUACUUCUUUCUUCCCAAUGCCAGGGAUGGCUUACAGGCGCUCGUCGAGAAAUUUGGCUCGAUUUCUGGGUUCGUAGAGCACCACACGCCACGUCGAAGAGUGAAAAUGGGGAAUUUCCGUCUCCCCAAGUUUAAAAUAAGCUCCGAUUUUGAGGCUUCCCAGUUUUUUAAAAAGCAAGGAUUGGUUCUCCCUUUUCAAGAUGGUUUGACCGAGAUAGUUUACUCUCACCCCAAUACUGCACCCCGAAUCUCGCUCUUUAUGCAUAAGGCAUACGUAGAGGUGGACGAACAGGGCACGGAGGCUGCAGCAGUUACUUAUGUAGCCAUGUAUGGAUGUAUGAUGGCCAUGCCGCCCGUGGACGUGUUCGACUUUGUAGCUGAUCAUCCUUUCCUCUUUGUAAUAAGGGAGGAGAUCAGUGGUGUUGUGCUCUUUGUUGGGCAAGUUGUGAAUCCUGAAGCCUGA